AUGGGGAUAGGGCCACGCAGUCAGUCCUUGCGAGGACCACGACCCUCCUAUGGCAAGCUCCAGGAGCCCUGGGGGAAGCCUUUAGAGAGCCGGCUGCGCCGGGCGCUGAGCCUCAGACAGGGCCAGGAGAAGUCCAGGCCCUCAAACGGAGGCCCAGAAAGGCUGGACACGCCCGGUCAGGAGUGGCUGCCAGGGUGCCUGGAGGAUACGGAGCAGCUGAUUCAAGCCCAGCAAGGAGAGCGCCGGCGGCGGUGGCUGAAGCAGUAUCAGCAGCAGGUAAAGAGAAGGUGGGAGAGCUUUGUCUCCGGCUUCCCUGGUGUGACCUUGAGCCGGCCCAGCCUCCCCAGAGCCCCCUCUGAGCACCACCAGCUAAGGAUGCUGGAAGCGGCGUCGGCCCCUGCUGCGUCUGGAUGA